AUGGCCAAGGACAGCCGUCAAUUCACAGCCUUCACCGUUCCGGGCAGAGGCCUUCACUCGGCCAGCGCAACCUUCCAACGCGCUUUGGAUGGCGUGAUCGGUGUGGACAUGGAGCCGUUCGCCUUCGCCUAUUUGGACGAUAUCAUCGUUAUAGGCGCCACGGAGGAACAACAUUUGUCCAACCUGGCCGAAGUCUUCCGUAGGCUGCGGAGGGCGAACCUGAAGGUGAAUCCAAAGAAGUGCGCGUUCUUCAGGAGGAGGUUAGUUUACCUAGGCCACGUGAUUAGCGCCGAAGGGGUACAAACCGACCCGGAGAAAGUGACGGCCGUUACCAACCUUAAGUCCCCUACCUGUCUCAAGGAGCUCCGGCAGUGGCUAGGCAUGGCAUCUUGGUAUCGCCGGUUCGUCCCUAACUUCGCAACCGUGGUCCAACCGAUGACGGCCCUGUUAAAGAAAGGCCGGAAGUGGUCGUGGUGUCCCGAACAACAGAGUGCGCUGGAGGAGGUGAAAAAGAGGUUAACCACCGCCCCCGUGUUAGGAUGUCCCGACUUCGACAAGACGUUUGUGUUGCAAACUGACGCUAGCGACGUGGGACUAGGAGCAGUCUUGUCGCAAGAUAUCGAAGGCCAGGAGAGGGUCAUCGCGUACGCCAGCCGUCGACUCACGGCCGCGGAGGGCAAUUAUACGACGACGGAAAAAGAGUGUCUGGCCAUUAUAUGGGCCAUUAGGAAAAUGAGGUGCUACUUGGAAGGGUAUCGGUUCGAAGUGGUUACCGACCACCUAGCCCUCAAAUGGUUGAACUCCAUCGAAAGCCCCUCCGGUCGGGUAGCCAGAUGGGCGCUGGAGUUGCAACAAUUCCAGUUCGACGUGCGGUAUGCCACGACGCGCCCACGGCUGGACAUUUGGGCGUCCGAAAAACCGUUUCCCGACUAUCGCAGAGACUUUGUCGGCCCGCUACCUCGGUCGAAGCACGGAAGCACCAUGCUCCUCGUGUUUCAUAACAUCUUUUCCAAAUGGGUGGAGUUGAUCCCGUUACGGAAAGCUACCGCCGCCCAGGUUCAGAAGGCAUUCCGGGAACGGAUACUGGGUCGGGUCGGCAUCCAUCGGAAGUUCGUCUGCGAUAAUGGUACUCAAUUCACCAGUCGCACUUUGAAAGAGUAUUUCAGCACGAUAGGGGUAGAGGUCCAAUAUACUGCCCCAUACUGUCCACAAGAGAACCCUACCGAGAGGACGAAUCGGACUGUCAAGACGAUGAUAGCCCAACUCACCGAGGGAGACCAAAGUUCCUGGGACGAGCUGUUACCGGAAAUAGCGCUCGCCAUCAACGCAAGUGUAUCGGACUCGACGGGAUACAGUCCCGCCUUUCUGACGCAAGGACGCGAACCCAGACUCCCUACUAUGUUAUACGACGAGGUCACCCCUGGAUCGGCGGUGAUAUCUAAGGACCCCGCAGGAAAAGCGCUCCAACUCAGAGGAAUCUUCGACAUCGUCAGAUCCAACCUCCAACGUGCUUCCCAAGAGCAAGCACGUCAUUACAACCUUCGACGCCAAAGACGUUCACGCUCCGCCAACAUCAGCCAACUGAAACCCUAUUACUCAGAGGACUUCGAGAAUGCGGCCGCAGAAGAAGAUGACGAAGCUACCCAGGGAGCCGACACGAGAGGUUAA